ACAACCAGCAACUUUAAUUUUUUUUUUUUUUUCUUCUUCCAUUUUGUGCUAUUCUUUCAGGCAUUAAAUAUUUAUGAGUCCUGAAUUUCAAUUAGCUAAACAAAUUGAUUGAUAGACAGAAGAGUUGAUGGCCACAGAUACUAAGGGUAGUGUUGGGAAGGUGAAGUCGAGCAAUCAAGAUGGUUCUUCCAAGGGAAAGAUUGAUGUCAACAGGAAGAAGAUUGAUAGCUCAGGCAAACAUCAACCGUCUGAUUCAAAGCAAAAUAGAUCAGUUUCCACUGUCACAAAAACAGAGAUAAAGUCAAAACCAAGUUCAAGUUCCUCAAAAACCACCAUAACUACAACCACUAAAGUGAGACAGAAGAAAGUGUUCACAUUGCCUGGACAGAAAUAUGAUCCUCCUGAAGAGAGAGAGCCAUUAAGGAUAUUCUAUGAAUCGUUGUCAAAACAGAUACCAUCAAGCGAAAUGGCAGAAUUUUGGAUGAUGGAACAUGGCUUGUUGUCCCCUGAUAGAGCCAAAAAGGCAAAUGAGAAGAAGCAGAGAAAACAAAAGCAACAGCGAAUGGGAACUCCAGUUAAACCUUCAAAACCACUCAUCAGUAGUAGACCUGAGAGUUCACAGAAGCAGCAACAGGCAUCCAAAAAUGGAGAUGUUAAAGCCAAAAAAAGAUUAAACCAAGAUAGUGACGACGACGACUUCAUUUUCAGUCCCAAGAGAAGAAAGGGUUAGCAAAGAAAUGUCCCCUCUCUUCUUGGAGUUGUGUAUUUCUAGAAAUUGCUUCAUUUAACUGCAAAAAAACGCGGGAGUUGUGAAACAAUCAAAAUAAUAGAGCAAGACAUUCUUCAUAUUGUUAAUUUAAUCGAAGCAAUAAGCAGAAACGACUUUCUGAAUUUAUGUUUA